AUGUCCGGUGGACGUGUUACUGACUCGCCAGCAACGCAACAAAAUGAAGGUUUGACAGGACACAUCUUCGCGCCUGUAAACGUUUCGGGCAAUGGCACGCUUCAGCAAGGCGACAUCUACCACUAUAGUAUCGCUGCAGCAACCCAAAAUUCUCUGUUCAAGGCAGUGGACUACGAUUCAUUUGGCAAUCGCGAGGGACAAGUCAAGUCUGCCACAGCGCACACCUGCGAAUGGAUCUGGUCCACGAUUUUCGGCACGUGGAUUUCUGACCUUCAUGCCCAGAUAUUCUGGGUUUCUGGCAAGCCUGGUUCCGGCAAGUCGACGCUCAUCAAGCAUCUGUCGACGUCGUCAAAAACAAAGACAGUCCUUCCUGAUACCGAUGGUGGUUGGGCAGUAGCGACUUUCUUUUUCGACUUCCGCGAAGGAAACAAAAUAGCUAAUAGCAUUGAGGGACUGCUCAAGGGAGUCAUUAAGCAGGUAGCAGAAGCAACAUCAAGCGAGGAUCCCAGACUCAACAGUAACGAAAAGCUGCUAAACCUAGAUCUGCAGCAACUCCUGCACGAUCUUCUGAGCCAUGCCAAGCAAAAUUUCUUUAUUCUCCUUGAUGGACUUGAUGAGUAUGGAGACGAAUUGUCAGAGUUGUGUACGCUGAUACUCUCUCUUGGUGAACACCAGAAUAUAAAGCUCUGCGUUGCGAGUCGUCGCGAGCCAGCGAUAAAUCGCAGGUUUGGUCAAUUACCUAACUUGCACAUGUCGGACUACAAUUCCUCUGGUAUACUCAGCUACGUCAAUGUCGAGAUUCAAAAGCUUCGACAGAGCUUGACUGAAUGUCAGCCUUUUGAUCUGGAAGCGCUCCAACGAAUUCUAUGCGAACGAGCUGAAGGUGUCUUUUUGUGGGUAUAUCUUGCCCUGCGGGAGGUCAGAUACGCGAUCGACCGUAGUCGAACCGCACAGGAGGUCAUGUCAAUAUUAGAAGAGCUGCCAUUAGAACUCGAGAAAUUGUACCAAAGGAUAGUCGAUCGCAUGGCCGGCGCGCAGAAGAAAGAAGCAGCCGUUCUCUACACUUUACUCGAAGACACAAAGGUCCACCCUGUAACAACUCAAAUUUUGUUUGGAGCCUACCAGUUCCUGGCACAUGAAAUCGGACUUGAGGGUUUCCCUAAGGAUAUCGUUGACCUCCAACACUUUGAAAGAAUAUUUGACGGAACACUUGGCGGGAUGUUCGAGCUUUGUAAGUCGUCGAAACCAGCCCCAGGGGGUGAUACCUCUGUCAUUCCUAGGAUCAUGCAUGAGACAGUUCGUAGAUUCAGUCGAGAUUCACGCUGGAAUCAGGAGUGGCAGCCUAACGUUUUCAAACAUCACUUCCCAAACCUCGUCUGGUCAAGGCUUGGCUGUUAUGCAUUAAUCGCGGCGGACAAGCGCUUACAAAAAGUACGCUUGAACGAUUUGAGAGCCACGUUUACAUCGAUUACCAACACUGGUCGGUCUUCAUCCGGUCUUGCGGGAUGUUUGGAUUAUGCUGAGUUUGCACGAUUAUUGUCACGACAUCUACCUCAUGACAGCCUCAUGCAUUGGUUCCGCCUCUUGCAUCUCAGCAUGGACACAAUAUUCCCUUAUGCUGAGCAAAUCAUCCACCAAGCAGACGAUGACUUGAAGCUCCGACUACAGAAAGCUAUGCGCUCCCAGUGGACCAACCUGCGUCUCGCCUCUUGGCAGCAUGAUACGACAGCGAGAGUCAACCCCGGCGAGCUCGUACACUGUGGGUUUGCUGACCUCCUUCAAGCUGCUGCGCAUCACUGCUAUAGCUAUUUACUAUGGGAACGAAGUUCGAUGUCAAUGUUAUCGGACAUCGAGAGAGCUGCCGUGUGCUGUGCAAUCUUGUUUGGGUAUAGGCUUUCGCCGUUGAAAUGGCCAAAUUUCACAUCGCAAAGAGAUGACGAUGAUCUCAAGCGUGACACAAUCAACGAGAUACUCUGCCACGACAGACGUCUGUCCGUUCUCCAUCUUGCCGUGUAUCUAUACCUUGGUUACAAAAACGUGCCCAAGUUUCUACGCAAGCAUCAGAAAACAGGACGCAUCACAAAUUGGGCAAUAGUCAACCCAUUAUGGCCUCAAGACACAUACCUUUUCGUAGCCACACCAGAAACACCACUGUUCAUGUGGGUCUGCGCACGCCACACUCCUGGCGAAUCUGGCUACGACCGGCGAGAACAACUGAAGGUCCUGCUUCAAUUUAGCGUUGAUAUUCACGCCAAAUCAACAAGAGGAAUGAACAUUGUCCAUUACCUCAUCACCGAACAUCUCAUCAGACACACCUUCCUCGAGCAAGACAUGACCUGCUGGCCCGACGACGACACAGCAAUCACCAUCGAACAGCUGUAUUGGCUGGAAGAAGCCGGUGCUGACUUUACCUCCCGCUACAACAAUCAGACGCUCCUCGAAGCUCUUCGCACCGGCUUCUACCAGAUGAAGCCUAUCGACGAUGACACGCUUCUCUACCCGCGGACUGACGUGGUCAACACACGGUUUGCCCAGAUUAAAUUCAUGCUUCAGCACAUGGAAUCGAAGGGGCAUCUACCUCAACCGAUGAUGGGCACGAAUGCACGUUUCAUUAGUAACUUUCCUGCUCUUCAGCGAUACAUCAGAACUAAACGUUGUGACUUGUGUUCUGCGACAGCCGACACGAGGAAAGUGCAUCGUAAAAUCCGGUCUUCUCGUGGCAGGUCAAGUGCUCUUCGAAGUGUAGAGAUUGCACCACCUGGGAAUUGGAUAUGA